AUGGCUACAGAAGACACAAAAACAGCUGAUACAAGCGAUGACAAAAGACAAUCUCUUGGGAAUAGCAAAUCACGAUACUUGGAUAACAUCCUUCCGAUGGCAAGAAUCAAGAAAAUCAUGAAGAUGGAUCCAAAUAUAACAGAUAAUAUAGCUAAUGAAGCUAAUUAUAUGAUAUGUACAGCAACAGAGUAUUUCAUACGAUAUUUGUCUAGGGAAGCAUACAAUCUUGAUAAAAAGGCACUCUCAUAUCAAUCACUAGCACAGUACGUACAGGAUGAAGAGAAAUUAGACUUCUUGCAUCAGAUCAUUCCAAACAAAAUAACAGUAAGGCAGUACAAAAAAAUCUUAAAAGAAAAUAAAGACAAAGUUUUCGACAGUGGAUCUGAUGUAAGCAGCAGUUCCGAAGAAGAAGCAGAGGAGGAACAGGAAGACGAGGAAAUGUCAGGCGAAGAAGAAUCUGAGGACGAAAAAUAA